GCCGAGCUUAUCCUAGUUGUCCUCCUUACGACCUGAUUGAUUCGGUCCUACCUACAACUAUCAUACCUUGCCCUCUUGUUUUUCCCGGCGAGGCAAUGACCGUCUUUAUUCCUCGAUAAGGAUCAUUGCAUGAACUAUGGCCGCCCGUCCGUGUCUUUCUUUUUCCAGGCGUCUGCGUGUCGCCGCGCGACCCCGCUGGUUCUCGUGUGCGCGCCCUGUUCAGGCGGAUGUUACGCAUGCGGUUGUUGGCGCCGGUGUGGUCGGACUCGCGGUAGCGCGGCAGCUGGCUGCGCGGGAAGGAACGUCGACUAUUCUCCUGGAGAGACAUGAUGCCCCGGGGACAGAGACGAGUAGUCGCAAUUCAGAGGUCAUCCACGCCGGCCUAUACUACGGACGCGACUCGCUAAAAACAAGCCUCUGCAUCCGCGGCAAGGAAAUGAUGUACGACCUCUGCGCGCGCCAAGGCAUCCCGCACAUCAACACCAAAAAGUGGAUCGUCGCACAGACAGAAGAACAAUGGGCAGCCGCACAGCGGGUCCACGCACACGCGCAAGACAUCGGGGUUCCAACGCGGCUCGUCGGACGCGAAGAGGCGCAACAUCGCGAGCCCGACGUGCAGGCGCUAGCGGGCAUCGUGGAGAGCCCUACGACGGGCAUCGUGGACAGCCACUCGCUGAUGACAUAUUUACAGGGGGACUUUGAAGACCGGGGCGGCGACUGCGCGUUCCUGACGCGGGUGACGGACAUUGAGGCGCUGAACGGCGGGCGCGACGGGUACCGCAUCACGGCGCAGUCGGGCAGCGGGGGCGGCGAGACGACGUCGAUUGUAGCGGAGACGCUCAUCAACAGUGCGGGCAACUUCGCCUGCGCGAUCAAUAACAUGGUGCUGCCGGAUGACCGCCACCGCACGCCGUACUACGCCAAGGGCACGUACUUCUCGUACGCGGCGUCGCGGCCCAAGACUUCCGUGCUGGUCUAUCCUGCUACGCUGCCCGGCCACGGCGGCCUCGGCACGCAUCUUACGCUGGACAUGGGCGGGCGUCUCCGGUUUGGUCCUGACGUGGAGUGGGUGGACAGUGCGGAUGACCUGACGCCCAGCCCCGACCGUCUGCAGCAGGCGUUGGGGGAGAUCCGCGCCUACCUGCCGGGCGUUGACACCGAUGCUAUCGCGCUGGACUACUGUGGGAUUCGGCCCAAGUUGGGCCGUGGGGGGGCUGUGAACUCCGGGACGGGGUUCCAGGAUUUUAUCAUCCAGGAGGAGGAUGGGUUUCCGGGGUUUGUGAAUCUGUUGGGGAUCGAGAGUCCGGGGUUGACGAGUUCGUUGGCGAUUGCUGAGCGGGUGGAGGGGAUACUUCAUGGAAGUAGACAGCCUUAGUAUAUCGAUGUACAUAGAAUCGUAC